GGGACCAUGAAGGACCGGUUGGAGCAGCUCAAGGCGAAGCAGGAUGCGGACGAUGACACGGAGGAGCUGGAGAUCGCAGUGGACAACACAGCGUUCAUGGACGAGUUCUUCUCGGAGAUCGAGGAGACCCGGCAGAACAUCGACAGGAUCUCGGAGAACGUGGAGGAGGCCAAGAAGCUCUACAGCAUCAUCCUGUCAGCACCCAUCCCCGAGCAGAAGACCAAAGAUGACCUGGAGCAGCUGACAGCAGACAUCAAGAAAAUGGCCAACAGCGUCCGCAACAAACUCAAGAGUAUGGAGCGCAGCAUCGAGCAGGAUGAGGUGCGCUCCUCCGCUGACCUGCGCAUCCGCAAGUCCCAGCACUCGGUGCUGUCCCGCAAGUUCGUGGAUGUGAUGACCAAGUACAAUGAGGCGCAGGUGGACUUCCGGGAGCGCAGCAAGGGCCGGAUCCAGCGGCAGCUCGAGAUCACCGGUAAGAACACGACGGACGAGGAGCUGGAGGAGAUGCUGGAGAGCGGGAACCCGUCCAUCUUCACGGCGGGGAUCAUGGACUCGCAGAUGUCGAAGCAGGCGCUGAGCGAGAUCGAGGGGCGGCACAAGGACAUCGUGCGCCUGGAGAGCAGCAUCAAGGAGCUGCACGACAUGUUCGUGGACAUCGCCAUGCUGGUGGAGAACCAGGGCUCCAUGAUCGACCGCAUCGAGAGCAACAUGGACCAGUCCGUGGGCUUCGUGGAGCGCGCCGUGGCCGACACCAAGAAGGCCGUGAAGUACCAGAGCGAGGCCCGGAGGAAGAAGAUCCUCAUCAUGCUCUGCUGCAUCAUCCUCGCCGUUAUCCUGGCCUCCAGCAUCGGCAGCAUCUUCGCCUGAGCCCAUCCCGCUGCCCCCAGGUGAUGGAGCCCACACCGG